GCAAUGUGAUUGCUAAAGAUCACUCUGUAAUCGACAACAGAUGAAAGCGACUUUAUCAAUAUAAAUGCAAACUAUUGCAACGACUACACCACAACGAGCCCAGCUCAGCAAGCCUUCAUAUCUUCUGUAAACAUGAAGGCUUUAUUCUUUCUCGUGGUGCUAGUUUGCAGUGCGUUACUGGCAAACGCUCGUCAUCUUGAAAAUGAAGAAAACCCAGAAGCAUCCGAGUCCUUAGACCAAGUGCUCGCAGGAACGGAAAAGAAAGAGGCAAAGAGCAGCCACAAAGAAGAGGGCGGUGGGAAAGAACACCAUGCUCAUCACCACAAGGAAGAAGGGGAAAAGGGUGAAAAGGGAUAUAAGUCUCACCAUCAUCAUGAUAAAGGAGAACAUGGUAAACACGGCAAACAUCAUCAUGAAGGUCACCACGACGAACAUGGUGGACACAAAAAGAAACACCACGACGAACAUGACCACCAUGGCGAACAUCAUGAGGCAGAACAUGGUCAUAAGGGUGGCAAGUUUGGUCAUAAAAAAGGUCACAAAAAGGGUUCAAAGACCACUGGAUUCCAUCACAAAUCUCACAAAGAUGAAUAUCAUAAGGAACAUAAGUUUUAUGAUGACUUCCAUAAGGGUGGUCAUCACCACAAGCAUGGAGACUUCCAUGGCCAUCAUGACAAUAAAGAAGGGCAUCAUAAGAAGGGCGGUCAUCAUGAGAAAGGUCAUCACGAAAAACAUCAUGGUAAGAAAGGAAAACAUGACAAAGGACAUUAUGAUGAAGACCAUAAAGGACACAAAGGUCAUCAUGGACAUGAAGAGCACCAUGCCCAUCAUCAUGACCAUGGUAAGAAGGGCGGCCAUGCAGGAGGAAAGGAGUUUGGGUACAGUCAUGGAAAGAAAGCAUAA